AUGAGCAAAUCAAUAAAUAUGAGUAAAACAUCAUAUCAGUUUGAAAGUUCUUAGUAAAACUAUUAAUCCUAAAACAAUCAAGGGAAAAUUGAGGAGGGUUUCUAGUAAAUGGAAGGUUAUUUUCACAGCGAAGGAGGGAAAAUUUAAACUUAGUAACAUUAAAGCAGUGGUGGAGAGAUUAAGUAAAAAUUCAUAAAUUCGAGUAAAAAUGACCACGAAACAAUACAAUUCGGUUCCUCUCAAGAACAAAAUAGCUAAUCCGCUCUAAUAAAUGGAAAGAUUUCAUCAAUGAAACAACAACAUGUAAAUGAAGAUCAUGGAUGGAGUGAUGGGGGAAUGCAAGUCCAAAGUAAGUUUGAAUCAAAUCCACAAACAUCUUCUAGCACCUAAUAGACAAGUUAUUAAACUCAAACUAUAGUAACAAAAACAAUUACAACAUCGUCACAUCAAAUAUCCAAGUCAAAUGAUUAAGAAUAAUUCGAAAAUGCUGGAUUUGAAUUGAUGAGUGGCCAAGGCAAUCUUGAAGGAGAAGCUAAUGGGAUUGUGUCAGAAUCAUUGUAUAAAUAUGGCGGGUACAACCUCAAAGCAGAUCAUGCUUAACUUGGGGGAGAGUUAAAGCUUAAUAAAUAUAAUUUUUCAGAUGCGUCUUUAAAGGAUAAAUAAUUUAAGAGUUCAGCAGGCAAAAUUUAAAUGGCAUGCGAUGUUGCUAUGGCUGCUGCUCUAAGAAAAUAAGAAGAAUAAGCAUCUACAGGUGGAGCUAUAGCUAAUUGGGAAUUAUAAAUGAACUCCAUGGCAGAAUUAAAGGCCUAAUAUUAAAUAUCAGCUAAAGUUGCAAUAUCAUAGCGAUCUCAUCUUUUGUAUGGCUAUGGCUUUCAUGGAAAAGAUGGCAAACCACAACAAUGUGAGGAAGGAGAUUAGGAGAAAAAGAAAGAGCCUUUGAAUAUGGCUGUUUGUGAUGCUGAAUGCAUUGAAAAACCUAAGAAUAAACUAGAAGAAUUAGCAAGUGCUCCAUAGGAUCCAGAAGAGUUUACUAAAAGCAAAUAUGUACCCAUUAUUCAAUCACCUGACACAUAUUUUAAACCCAGGAGUGAAGAUUUUAUAAGAAUAAUCCCAAAAAGUCAAUAAUAAAUUGUCUAUCCAGUUAAUUCAGUUAGAAGCAUCAUUAAACCACAAUUUGUAACUUGCGAAUAAGUUCAAGUUGCUAAAUAAUCAAUUCGAACUAAAUGUUCAAGUGUUAGAUAGCCUGUCAUCAUCUAAGAAGAGACUGCACCUACAAUUCUACAAAGAACAUAUGGGGCUCCAAAUUCAGUAAGACAUUAAGAAUCCUUUUUUACAGUCUAAUCUGUAUAAUAAUAGUUGGUGGCAGUCCAACCUUAGGUUAUCCAGUAAUAAGCUAUUAUCUAAGUUCAACCUUAACCUAUUAUUUAAUAAUAAGUGGUUUAAGUCUAAGAAAUACAACCAUUAUAAUAAGUUAUUAUGGUCCAACCAACUCAAAAUGCUGAAACAUAUUCAUAAUAGCAUAUUCAAAUCUAAUAACCUCAUUUAAUUGGUCAAACUGUAUAAUUAAUUGGCCAAUAAACUUAAUUUGUAAACACUUAAGCAGUCUAAAUGACAACUUAAUAACAUUAAUUAGUGGUUGCUUAACCCUAAUAAGUAGUAUCUGUUGCGCAACAAGGAGUUUUAAGAUAAGGCAUAUAAUAAGAGAUCAUUCCUUAAGUGGCUGUACAAUAAUAAUAAAUAGUUUCACACACACAAUUAAUUUAACAAGAUGCUACAUCACCAAUCAGAUAAACCUAAAUUAUUUAGUAGCCAUAAGUAGUCUUGCAACCAUCAUCAUAAUAAUAAAUAAUGUUGGUCUCAACCUAGCCCUUAGUCUAAUAAUAAACUGCUUAAAUACAAUAAUCUGUUUAUUAAAUAUAGCCCUAAUAGACUAUUUAAUAAAUCUAAUCAUUUCAAUAAGUAACUUCACCUUUGAGGCAAUAGCAUUUGGUUUUAUAAUCUUAAAUACCAUAAAGCUAUACAACAUAACCAAUUGAAAUUUUGUAACCAAGCUAAUCCCUUAACACUAUUCCAAUCAGUUAAUAGUAAUUCGGCUUUUAAUAUAUCCUCCAAAAAGUGUGAAAAUCAAUUAUAUAAUUAUUACAAUAUAAUCAUUUUAUAUC